CUCAGGCCAGCAAACACGCACAAGCAUGAUGAAACUCGUCCUCUCCCUCUUGGUUGCCUUCGUGGCCGCAUCAUCCACGGUCGCCUUUUUACCGGCCACGUCUCUCCGUUACGCCACCACCGCCAUCGCGGCCUCCCGAUUACGUCGUUCAACAACCAGCACUUCGUUGUCUGCCAAGAAGCAGAAAAGCGAGAAGGCGCAGCUCGGUGACGUUCAUGAACCGGAGGACGACAGCGACAGACAGCAGAGCGGGUCAUACUCGGCACCACCCACUUUUGAGGAGUUUCUCAAGUUCAAGCAGGCCGAGCGAGCAAAUGAGGAUCAAAAGUAGACGAGGCGGUGUUCGUGAAAAGAGGAACCGUCCUCGACGUGCGUUGGGAGAUUGUUCCCUUCAUUUAUUUGUGUGAUCUCCACAUGUUGGUUGUUUUUCGGAGGGAUUGCGGGCUGAGCGAGAAAAAGUAUUUUUAUGUUUAUUUUCGUCUUUUUUUCUGAGAAACUUCUCAAGUGUAAGCAGGCCAAGCGGAGCAAAUUAGGAUAGGAAACAAGUAGGCAGCGUUAUUUGCGUUUUUCGAGGAAUUUCUCGAGUCUACGCGAAGAUCUAGCGAGCAAGUGAGAGAUAGGAGUUUGGUAAGGUUAUUUUUCUUUUUUUUUUCUUUCAAUCGUCGCUGGAAAUAAAAUGGAUGCGGCGAUGAGUCCAAGCAAGCCCUCAAUCGAUAUGGGAUAACUAUGCAGAGUUCUUGUUGUUUCUUGUUUUUUUUCUUGUGCUGGCACAACGAAUCAAUCUCUGUCUUCCAGAGAGUGUCUAGUGUUUUUCGUCGUCGUAGAGAACUUGGAGCCGUUGGCAAGGUCUACCGAGAAAGAUGAAGUGGAGAGCGAUGAGGAAGUAGCUGUUGACCGUAAGAGGUGGAGAGAUGGCACCCCCCCUACACCGACUUUCAAAGCUCGAUUGUUACCUAUGCCAACACCGUGAAUGGUGAUUUUGGAAACAUGUCAUCAACGGCUUUCCACCGAACGUAUCGGUAUCCUUCUGUACCCCCUUGGUUAUGAGCAAUCGUGCUUUGAGAGGCGGUCUAGAUGGGGUGCCAUAUCUCCGCGCCUUAUGGUAUUCCCUCAACUAUGAAAAGAGGGUGAUGAGGCAGCGGCUGUUUAUUCCCUUAACUAUGAAGGGAGUGUGAUGAGGCCGCGACUGUUUAUUCCCUCAACUAUGAAGCAGAGAGGUAUGAGGCAGCAGCUGUGCAAUCCUUCAACUUGAAGGGGAGAGUAAUCGGACCAUGGCUGUUGAUUCCCUCAACUACUAUGAAGCGGA